AUGGAAAACUUGCUGUCGGCAGUAAUGUCACUAUACAUACAAAAUAUUUACCGUUUACUCGGCUUACAUAGCGAAGGUGAUUUUCUGUUUUUCACACAGAUCCGGAGAGGUAACUUGAUGUCUCGGAACGUGGUGUACGUGUUUUUAUGGUUACGGUCGUCCGUCAGUCGAACAUUCAAGGCUGAUAUACUGGAGGCGAUGCGCGUGUGCGUCAUCACCAGUCCCAGACCGGGAUUCUACCAGAUUUAUUACAGUCAGGCCAGCGCAAGACCCGGGUACGGAUCGAGCCUGAAAAUGGUAAAUUGGUGGUCAGCAAUGGACGGGUUGGUGAGGUUCCCGCUGUUACCGCCGCCCAAACAGGUGUACAAGAACUUCGAAGGCAGAUAUUUCAACGUUCCAGUUUUACAUAAGCCACCAUGGACAUUUGUCGAAUAUUUGAACGACAGUUUCAGAGUAGAGGGUGGACGAGACGAUAAACUAAUAAAUCUAUUGGCCGACAAGCUACAUUUUCAAUUCAGAUACAUAGAUCCUCCUGAUCGUACACAAGGUUCAGGACUCGAUCGCGGGUCAUCAAUGCAAGGAGUAUUGGGUUUGAUAUGGCAAAGGGAAGCAGAUUGGUUCGUCGGAGAUUUGUCUAUAACAUACGAGCGUAAUUUGGUGGUAGACUUUUCAUUCCUUACAUUAGUCGACAAUGAAGCUUUCUUGACACACGCCCCUGGCCGUUUGAACGAAGCAUUUUCACUCAUCAGACCGUUUCAUUGGUCGGUUUGGCCAUUGUUAUUGAUCACAGUUAUUUUUGCCGGUCCAAUACUUUACAUAUUAGUUGACACGACUGACGGCCAUCCCCAAGGAAAAUCUAUGUUGUAUUGGAAGUGCGUGUGGUGGUCUGUUACGGUGUUUUUACAACAGGCUGCAAUUAUUCCAUCGGAAAAUAAUAAAAUCCGAUUUGUGGCUGGUUUAUUAAUGUUAUCGGUUACUUACGUGAUUGGCGACAUGUACUCAGCAAGUCUAACGUCAAUACUAGCAAGACCACCAAAAGAACCUCCUAUCAAUACAUUGAAAGAAUUAUCGGAAGCUAUGCGUGACUCCGGCCUUCAGCUAUUGGUCGAAGUCCAAAGUGCUUCGCAAGCAAUGUUAGAAAACGGCACUGGCGUAUACGAAGAGUUGUCACAGCUCGUGACCCGUCAACGAGAAUACCUAAUAGGGUCUACCGAGAAAGGAAUGCAAUUAGUCAGGGACAACAAGAAUUACGCCGUUAUAGGAGGCCGAGAGACGUUCUACUACGAUAUCAAACGAUUUGGUGCCCAACAUUUUCAUCUAAGCGAAAAGCUAAACACGAGGUAUUCGGCUAUUGCGUUCCAGCGGGCGUGCCCGUACAGAGAUAAUUUCGACGACGUGUUGAUGCGACUAUUCGAGGGCGGUAUUUUGUCGAAAAUCACCGAAGAAGAGUACCAGAAACUCAACGACAAGCUGAUGGGAUCGGAAAAAUUCGACUCGACUUCCGUGGUCAUAGAGCCAGUACUGGAAGGAUCGGAACCUAGACAAGAAGACGACGACAAGCAGUUGACCAUAGCCAUGUCCAUGAAAACUCUACAAGGGGCAUUCUACGUGCUGGCGAUCGGCUCGAUUUUGGCAGGGUUAUUGCUAUUGAUCGAGAUGAGGUCACACGACAAGUUUGAAAAAGACAAACGAAUAAAACGCGUCGAAGCUCCGUUCGUCUACAAACGAAAAGUGCCCAACAAAUUCCAAAACAGAUUAUACGAUUUGAAAGAAUGA